AGUACUUCGUUUCUCACGUUUUCAACUUGUAGAAACAUGGCUCAGGGGAAAUUGAAAGUAAAAUCAAAAGCUCCUCCCAACGUAAAGAAAGCAGCCAGCAAGAAAAAGGGAACAGCAUUCAACAAGCGCAAAAAUGCGCCGAUCCAAUCAAAAAAGCAUAAGUUUGAGGAAGCUCACAAACUUAAGCAGGUUAUUACCAGGACAGUGAACAAGAAGAACGAAGAGGAAAUGCGCAAGAUCGUAUACGAAGGACAGACUAACCUCAGCCAGGCGCAACUUGCCGUUCAGGAACAUCAUCGAAAGCAAGCACAAAAUACAUCAGCUUCAGAGGCUGGUUCUUCAAAGGGGUAAUGGAAUAUACAAAAACGCAUGGUGGUUAAGUAAGUGAGCUGUUUAUUGAUAUGCUUUGUUGUAUAUUGAUCGAUGUAUGAUAAGAAAUAAAUGAUCUAUACGA